AUGAAUGACCAGUACCACCGAGCAGCCCGGGACGGCUACCUGGACCUCCUGAAGGAAGCCACCAAGAAGGACCUGAACUCGCCGGACGAGGAUGGCAUGACCCCGACCCUAUGGGCCGCCUACCACGGCAACCUGGACGCCCUGCGCCUCAUUGUCAGCAGAGGGGGCGAUCCAGACAAAUGUGACAUCUGGGGGAACACCCCUCUCCACCUGGCAGCAGCCAACGGCCACCUGAACUGCCUUUCCUUCCUCAUCUCUUUUGGGGCCAACAUCUGGUGCCUGGACAACGACUACCACACCCCGCUGGACAUGGCAGCCAUGAAGGGGCACAUGGAGUGUGUGCGAUACCUGGACUCUAUUGCUGCCAAGCAGAGCAGCCUCAACCCCAAGUUGGUGAGCAAACUGAAGGACAAGGCCUUUCGGGAAGCGGAGCGGAGGAUUAAGGACUGCGUGAAGCUGCAGAAGAAGCACCAUGAAAGGAUGGAGAAACGGUACAGAAAGGAGAUGUCGGAUAAUUCGGAUACCAUGAGCUUCUCCAGCUAUUCGAGUAGCACCUUAAGCAAGAAGUUCCAACACAUGUCUAUGGUGACUUCCCUGCCAUACUCACAAGCCACCAUCCAUGGCACAGCCAAGGGAAAGACAAAAAUACAAAAGAAGCUAGAGAAGAAGAAGCAGGUGGACGGGACGUUCAAGAUCUACGAGGAUGGGAGGAAAAGCGUGCGGUCUCUGUCUGGUCUGCAGCUGGGGAACGACGUCAUGUUUGUGAAGCAGGGCACAUACGCCAGCCCCAAGGAAUGGACUCGGCGUAAUAUCAGAGACAUGUUCCUCACGGAUGAAGACGCUGUCUCCCGUGCCAUAAGUGACCCAGGUUUGCACAUGGACUCGGCCCACUCGGAAGUCAGCACUGACUCUGGCCACGACUCCUUGUUCAACCGCCCCGGGCUGGGCACCAUGGUGUUCCGGCGCAACUACGUCAGCAGCGGGCUUUUUGGGAUCGGCCAGGAGGACGCUGGCACGCUGGGUGAAGACAACGCAGAUGGGGUAGGUGUCAAACUACGGAGCCGCCUGCAGCGCUCGCCAAGUCUCAACGAUAGCAUUGGCAGUGCCAACAGCCUGCAGGAGCGGAAUGCAGAGGAGCUACCCUGGGAUGAGGUGGAGCUGGGCUUAGAUGAUGAUGACGAACCAGACACCAGCCCCUUGGAGACUUUUCUGGCUUCCCUGCACAUGUUUGAGUUCAUCUCCAUCUUGAAGAAGGAAAAGAUUGACUUGGAGGCCCUCAUGCUUUGUUCAGACAAUGACCUGAAGAGCAUCAAUAUCCCAUUGGGCCCCAGGAAAAAGAUUGUGGAUGCCAUCCAGAGGAGACGACAAACUCUGGAGAAGCCAGAUGUCAUUGUAGACACUGAACUGUAA